ACAGUAAAGCUCCACGUGGGACAUCCGGCGGAAGUAAAACACAUGAUGCUAGCAGCGUUAGCUUCGAGGCUUCCUUUUGUUUAUCGUCGGUUAAAGACGGUUCUUGCUGUGUGAGCUGAAUAUUUCAGUGUCUGCAGUAACAAUGUCUUGAGUUCAUCAUCAGAGAGAGGCCAACUGCUGCUGGAGAAAUAUCAUCGAUCAUCGAUCAUCAGCCCAGACGACUGGAUUCCAGCAGUAAAACCCAAAUCAUCUCGGAACCACCAGGUUUGCCAAAGCAUCAUGUCUCUAGAGCUUAAAGGGAGAGCAGAGACCCUUCAGCUUCCAAAAGUAAAGGAAGAAGAGUGUGGAUCAGAACCUCUGCUGACUGUCAAGAAAGAAGAUCACAUUGGGCCAAAGCAAUGGAUAGAAACCUUAGUGGAAAUAGAUUCAGGAUCACUUGAAGUAAAAGAAGAACCAGUAGAACUACAACUGCAACAAAUAAAGAAAGAGGAUCAUCAAUCAGCAUCUGAGCAGAUGGUAAAGAUUGAGACUGAAAGCAUCAUUCAGGUAGAAAACCAGAAUGAACUGAAGCAGGAAAGUGAUACAUUAAUGGGAACAGAAUGUGGAUCUGUGAGAAUCAAAGAGGAAGCAGCUUUACUGGAACUGAAGCAAAUAAAGGAAGAUGAUUAUCAUCCAGAUUCUCAGCAGAUGAUUAAGAUUGAAGACAUUAGUCAAGAUGAAAUCAAAGAGUUUGAACCAAAACAAGUGAAAGAAGAGGAGGGUGAAUCAGACUUUCUGCAGAAGGUAAAGACGGAGGCCAAUGACACAAGUCAAAAUGAAAAUCAGAAUCCACUGAUAAUGGCAACGGAUAAUGAAACAGAACACCAACAACCUGAACGCAAUGGAAAUCAAUUCUCUAAGAACAUCCCUAAAGCAGAACACCAUCAAGACAGAAAGACUCUCGAAGCUUCAGGAUCCAGCAGAGAUGAACGGCAUCAACAGAGAGUUGUGAAAACCAGAGGCAGAGGAAACACAGGGACAAAGGACAAGGAAAUUAACCAGAGUAAAAUAUGUAAACUUUGUAGUACAAGUUUCAAAUGGAACCAGAGUUUAGAAGCCCACAUGAGAACUCACACAGAUGAGAAGCCUUUUUCAUGUGUAACCUGUGGGAAAAGCUUCUUUAGCAAAAAUAGUUUCAGUUGCCACAAGAGAACUCACUCAGUUCAGAAGCUGUUCUCUUGUACAAUGUGUAGCAAAGGUUUCCAUCUGAAAGGCAAUUUGAAGAGCCACAUGAGAACUCAUACAGGUGAGAAACCUUUCUCAUGUGGAAUAUGUAUGAAAAGUUUCAGUCAGAAAUGCAAUUUGAAUACGCACAUGAAAAUUCAUACAGGUGAAAAACUUUUCACACCUUUCUCAUGUAGAAUGUGUAAGAAAAGUUUCCAUCUGAGAUGCAGUCUGAAAAACCACAUGAGAACUCAUACAGGGGAAAAACCUUUCUCAUGUGAAAUGUGUAGGAAAAGUUUCAGUCAGAAAAGCAAUCUGAAGAGCCACAUGAGAACUCAUACAGGUGAGAAACCUUUCUCUUGUGGAAAGUGUAGAAAAAGUUUCAGUCGGAAACACACUUUGCAUCGCCACAUGAAUACGCAUACAGGUGAGAAACCUUUCUCAUGUGGAAAGUGUAGGAAAGGUUUCAGUCAGAAACAUACUUUGCAUCGCCAUGAGAACUCAGUUCAGAAUCAUUUCUAAUGUGGAAAAAGUUUCCACCUAAAGAAAUGUUUGAAUUGCCCAAUGAGACUUCACACAGAGACUAUGCAGAGGUGCAGUUUGUAGCUCUGUUGCUUUGCAGAAGGUCAUAGUUCAAUGCAGUAGCAGCCUGGGGUCUUUCUAUCUUGAUUGCUUGGGCUCCAUCUUACAUGUUGCUAGUGAGGAAUUGCUCUUCAAUGGUUCUGUCGUAAAAGCAUGAACUCGUUUCUGCAUUGGUCUGAAAAUUAGUUGAAAUCUUGAAAGUUAGAAUGAUUAUCCUUCUGCAGCCAUUUCAUGAUUCCAGUUAAAACUUCCCAUAUGUUGUUCCAAAACUUAUGGUUUGACUAUAUCAUAAAUAUUUAUGGAUUUGGAGCCUUUCAUUAAACAGUAUUGCUGCUUUGAAAGCAUCAAAGCUGGGCUAAUCUCAACAUGAACCCUCCAUUUACCACAUGGAGGAGUAAAGUUAUUUAGAGUGCAUGAUGGGAGGUCAAGAUUUUAAGUAGAAUGAUUGGACAUCAGUUAAACUUUUUAUCAGUUACCACCAGAUAAAAGUCAUUAUCCAGCCCAGAUUCAAGACCAAUUAACUGAACAUUGAAGUUCCAUCAAAAUAAAAGCAUUUAUACUCAGGAAGUCAACUUCUUUCAAGCAUUUCUAUCAAACUUUCUCCUAUACGUCUCUUCUUUCCAGUCUCUACAUGUGACACAAAAAAUUGUCUUUAUUGAUUCCAAAAGAGAGAUUUUUAAUAUUUGUAAUUUUUUUUAUUUCAGUUCAUUCAUUAAACAAAUCUUUCUAUUUAUCCCAAAAUGCCAGGUCUUAUCAGGAACAUGGUCUCUAGUUGUCUGAGAUUUGAAUUUUCUGGAUGAACCUGAAUAAACUGUUUUGAAAACAA